CAUUCGACGUCAGUCGGUUGUUUACGUACGACGCGCACGAGUAGAAAAACACAUUAUAUUAUGUAUUGUGUGUUAUUGAUUUAAGGCAAGAUAAUCAGUGAAUACAUAAUGGCUAAAUAGAGGCUCGUAGUUCAGUAUUAUUCCAGUGUUUGACAGUGGAAGUGCAUUUUGAGUUAAUACAAAAUGGCCGCUAAUUCAUCCAAUGACGACAAGAAGCCGAAGUUUAUAAUCGACAAUGACGCCGGUGGGGACGAUGCGAUGGCCAUAUUUUUGGGCUUACUCUACGAGAAGUAUUUCGAUGGACCUAAACUGGUAGCAUUGACGACAGCAAACGGGAACACCAAAGAAGAUAAUGUCUAUCACAACAACCAAAAAGUAUUAAAAGUAGCAAAUCGACAAGAUGUGCCAAUCUACAGGGGUUCUAAGGAAUCAAUAGUGACGACUCCAAAAGUAUCAGACUACUAUGGUGUUGAUGGACUAGGAGACACAGGAGAAACCUUCCCUGAUUUGGUACCAGCACAGACAGAGGGCGCUGUCAACGCCCUUAUUAAUUACUCUAAGCUUUAUGAAGGAAACCUGACUGUGAUUACUAUUGGCGCAUUAACAAACGUAGCGUUGGCUAUCAAACUGGAUCCUAACUUCUUGUCAAGAUUGAGCCACUUGUACAUCGGGGCCGGACACAUUCACAGUGAAAAGUACCCAUUGCCGGAGUUCAACGCACACAUGGACGUGGAAGCAUACCACAUUGUAGUAAAGAAUGCCACUCCUGACAAAGUUACCAUUUUCCCCUUCUCACAAACGAAGGAAUACCUCAGCUUCAGUAAAGACUGGAGAUUCAACACUCUCGGAAAACUCGACACAGAAAUAAUAAAAGAACAGAAUAAGUAUGAAAAGGUGGCUCUGGACAAGGAGGAGUCCUGGCAGGCGUUGGAUCCAGCUACAGUGGCGUUGUAUCUGCGACCAGAUUUAGUUGCUGAAUACAAGUAUUCGAAGCACGAUGUUCAUGUUUGUGGUGAUAAAAGAGGUAUAAUGAAACACGAUUUCGUAGAAAAAGACAAAGCGAAUGUCCGAGUGGCUUAUGCAGUGAAAUCAGAAGAUUAUAAAGUGUUCCUUCUCAAUGUAUUUGGUGCAGAACUGAACGAUCCAGCUCGCUCGAAGAAAGCGUAAAAGUAUUACAAUAAUGAAAGGCUUGUGAUUGUAAUGUGAUGUAUUUUUGUAAUAAACUAUGUACGUAUUAA